AUUCUUCUUCCUCAGGAAAAUGAGAAGCAGAGCUGGUUACCCUUGGCUGCUCAAGAGGCAUUUCAGAGUAGGAGAUGCAGUUGGAGGUGGGGAGGGGAAGGAAAUCGUUUUUACAUAAUGCAGCAUGGAGUAAAAUUAUUUUGGAUGGAAAGAACAGGGCUAAAUCUGGUCCUCUGGUGUCGAGAUGGAACACUGUGGAGUUGAAGAGACUCUGAUUCCCAGAAAGGAGAAUCAAGCAGGUUGACUCUCAGUGUGUGGAUUACAGGCAUGAGCCACUCCCAGCCACAUUAUCUUUUUCAGGAAGUUUGUGGGUGUCCAAAACCCUCAAGUGCCUCAUGAAACAUCCUAGUACCUUUACAUCUAUUUAUAGAUCACCUCUUAAUUUGAACUAUUUAGCAGGUGGCUAAAAACAUCUGUUCUUUAUUGAUUUUUUUUUUUUUUUGAGAUGGGGUCUCACUAUAUUGCCCAAGCUAUUCUCAACUUCUUUAUUGAUUUUUUUUUUUUUUUUUGAGAUGGAGUCUUGCUCUGUCACCCAGGCUAGAGUGCAGUGGCAUGAUCUCGGCUCACUGCAACCUCCACCUCCCAGGUUCAAGCAAUUCUCCCACCUCAGCUUCCCCAGUAGCUGGGAUUACAGGCAUGUGCUACCACACUUGGCUAAUUUUUUGUAUUUUUAGUAGAGAUGGGGUUUCACCAUGUUGGCCAGGCUGGUCUGCAACUCCUGACCUCAAGUGAUCUGUCCGCCUCAGCCUCCCAAAAUGCUGGGAUUACAGGCGUGAGCCACCACACCCGGCCUUUUCUUUUUUUUUUUUGGAGACAGGGUCUUGCUGUGUCACCCAUGCUGGAGUGCAGUAGCAUGAUUUCAUCUCACUGCACCCUCCGCCUCCCAGGCUCAAGCUGCUUUCUGGCCCUUCUCUGGCCAUUUGCCAGAGAAGAAGGGUAAACCCUGUAUUUAUCCUCCCAGGCCAUUUUUCUUCAUUCCCUCUGCUGCUGUUUGCAGAGAGUUGCCCUGAUUAUCAGGAGAAAAGAACCACAAGCAUCCAGAGAGUUUACAUCCUGCCUUCUGUGCUCUGCUCCUUCAGAAAAAUGAAUGCCAAGACAAUGGGCUCACACUGAAUUCGGGCUGGAAAGUGUGUUGCAUGCUGGUGGCCUGAUGCCAGCGCUGUUGAAACAAUUUCAGUUAUAGCACUGUGGUCUCCACUUUAUUUCUUGAUGUAUUUUGGCCGCUGCAUUUUUAUUGCAGCUAAAAGAGAUAACAGAAAGGAGAUACUGGCUGGCUGCUUCAGAUCAGCCCUCCAUGUUGUCAACACCUUGAUGAGGCUAACCCAGAGCUGCUUGAUCAGUCCUCCGCUUUGUGGGGCUAGGUACAGAAUUUUAUCACAGGAUUUUGUCCCACUCUCUGGGGUGACCCAGACCCAUGGGAACCAAAAUGCAGUUUGCAAAAGCUCAAGUGACUGAAGGAUCUAUAUACAAACAUAGUCAUGUGCCAGUUAAAAACAGGAUAUUUCUCUCAGGCCAGAUCAGAGACAUGGUUCUGAGUUCAGAAGCUCCUUGGUGACAACCCUUUAAAGAGGCCACCUUAUGAACAGGAUCACAAGUAGCUUAGCGAGCAAAGAAUGGGAACAAACCCAGUUAGAUGUGUUUAAGGAAUAUUUCCAUUCAGCUAGUACAGCCGGAUUAAUUCCUAUUCUCUGAAUCAAGGAUGUCUAGAAAACUGCCAUUGUGGCCUUUAAAUCUAAGGAGAAUCUCCUUUGGGCCAGCUGAAUAUACAAUAAAAAUGGUUGUUUCUUGGCCUUCCUUUAACUAUACUCCAUACAACCCACUUCAGAUUAGCAGAUCGAAUGUAUUACACAAUCCAUUUCACUUACAACUUCAUUUGCAUUAACUGCAUUCCAGUUCUGAGGACAGAUCCUAUUUGACCACCUUGAUUAGUUUAAGACACUCUCUAGUGCAAAACCCUCGAGUGCCUUUCUCUCUGUUUAUAGAUCACCUCUUAAUUUGAACUAUUUGGCAAGUGGCUAAAAACAUCUUUUUUAUUUAUGUUUUUUGAGAUGGGAUCUUACUACAUUGCCAAGGCUAUUCCCAACUUCUGGACUCAAGCAAUCCUCUCUGCUCAGCCUCCUGAGUACCUGGGAUUAUAGGUAUGUGCCAUUAUGCCUAACUCUUUAUUGAUUUUUUUUUUUUGAGACAGGGCACCCAGGCUGGAGUACAAUGGCACGAUCUUGGCUCACUACAACCUUCAUCUCCCUGGUUCAAGCAUCAGCCUCCCAAGUAGCUGGGUGGGACCACAGGUGCACACUGCCAUGCCCAGCUAAUUUUUGUAUUUUUAGUAGAGACAGGGUUUCCCCAUGUUAGCCAGGCUGAUCUCAAACUCCUGGUCUCAGCUGAUCUGCCAACUUUGGCUUCCCAAAGUGCUGGGAUUACAGGCGUGAGCCACCAUGCUUGGCCUUUAAGACAGAGUUUCAAUCUGUUGCCCAAGCUGGCAUGCAGUAGUGCAGUCAUGGCUCACUGCAGCCUUGACCUCCUGGGGUCAAGCAAUCCUCCCACCUCAGCCUCCUGAGUAGCUGGGACUGCAGGUGUGUGCCACCAUGCCUGGCUAAUUUUAAAAAUUUUAUUGGAGAUGAUGUCUCGCUAUGUUACCCAGGCUUGUCUCAAACUCCUAGGCUCAAGCAGUCUUCCUGCCUCAGUUUCCUAAAGUGUUGGAAUUACAGGCAUGAGCUACCAUGCCUGGCCUACAUUUUUAAAGAGACAGGGUUGCACUUUGUCACCCAGGCUGGAGUGAAAUGGCAUGAUCAUAGCUCACUGCAGCCUUGACCUCCUAGGCUCAAGCAAUCUGCCCAUCUAAGCAUCCCAAGUAGCUGGGACCACAGGUGUACACCACUGCACCUGGCUAAUUCUUUUUGUAGAGAUGCGGUAUUGCUAUGUUACCCAGGCUGGUCUUGAACUGCUGACCUCAAGCAAUCCUCCCUCAUUAGCCUUCCAAAGCACUGGGCUUAUAGCUGUGAGCCACCACACUGGGCCCUAAUAUAAUUCUCUUAAACAUGACCAAAUUAUUAAAUUUUUCCUGAUUUUCUAUAUUAUAUAGGGGUGUGUGUGUGUGUGUGUGUGUGUGUGUGUAUGUAUGAAUAUCAAGUCCUUGGAAAAUAAUGUGAAAACUUUAGAAUAAUAAAAUCUCAAAAGCAAAAUACAUGGAAACAAAGUAACACUUCCCUGCAUGGAGCCUGUGAGGUGUGUCUUGCCUCCCACCCCCACCCUCCUCUUCUCCCUCAGAGAUCACCUUCCUGCCUCCCACCACCCCUUUUGGGGCUGCCUCCACGUGGCCUGCUGAGGCUCUCCUCUGGCCCCUCACCUUCAGCACCCUCUGCAGCCCAGCAGCCUCUCUCCUAGACUCCUCUGUGGUACUCACUCACCCUUCUGCUUGGCCCUGUGCCUCCUCCUCUCCUUUUUCCUCUCCUAGGUUCUUCCUCCUCUUCCCAGGCCCACCAUCCUCCACCCCCUUGCAUUACAGGGGAUGGCUCAGCCACAAGAGACCGCAGAGGCCCCACUCGUGGCUACAGCCAGACCCCAGGCUUCUGCCCAAGCUUGGACUGCUUUUUCAGGUUAGACUUCCGGAACAUUCUGGAGAGUUUCCCCUUUCUGCUUUGUUUUCUUCCUCCUUGGCACAAACUUGCCCUUCUCUAAGUUCUCUGUUAUUUCAUCAGAAAUCUCUUAACUUUUGCUUUGCUCCUUAUCAUCUCUCCACACUCAUAAUUUCCCAAUCUCCUCCACAUCCCUUGCUUCAAUUUCUUUUUUUUUUUUUUUUUAAGACAGAGUUUUGCUCUGUCGCCCCAGCUGGGGUGCAAUGACAUGAUCUUGGCUCACUGCAACCUCCUCCUCUUGGGUUCAAGCAAUUCUCCUGCCUCAGCCUCCCGAGUAGCUGGGAUUACAGGUGCCUGCCAGCACACCCGGCUAUUUUUGUUGUUGUUGUUGUUAUUUUUAGUAGAGACAGGGUUUUGCCAUGUUGGCCAGGCUGAUCCUGAACUUCUGACCUCAGGUCAUCUACCUGUCUCAGCCUCCCAAAGUGCUGGGAUUACAGGUGUGAGCCACCGUAACCCACCCUUGCUUCAUUUGUUCACCCCCGCUCCACUUCUUUGCUUUCCCAUGGCUCUGCCCACCCAUCCCCAUGUAAGAGCCAGUGUCACAGGGACUAGGGUGUAGGAAAGCAAACCACAGGCAAUGACAACAAUUUAUUGAGCGCCUAUUAGGUAUCGAGCACCUAUUAGCACCUAUAAGCUUAUGAGGCAAUAGAGGGAGGCAGAUAACAAGUAAGAUAAACAAUGUCAAGUGGAGGCAGGCACCAUGGCUCACCCCUAUAAUCCCAACACUUUGGGAUGCUGAGGCAGGUGGAUCACUUGAGGUCAGGAGUUCGAGACAAGCCUGGCCAACAUGGCAAAAACCCAAUCUCUACUAAAAAUACAAAAAUUAGCCAGGUGUGGUGGCAUGUGCCUGUAAUCACAGCUACUCGGGAGGCUGAGGCAGGAGAAUCACUUGAACCCAGCGGUUGCAAUGAGCUGAGAUAGUGCCACUGCACUCCAGCUUUUGGAAAAAAAAUUUCAAGUGGUAAAAGAUGGAGAAAAUAAAGUCAGGAAGGAGGAGAGUGGGAACAGUAAGUUGAGAUUUGUUGUCCAAAGGUAGCCUUGCCCAGAAGUCAGUAUUUGAGUAAGGAUCAGGAGGUAAAUUAGUGAGUACUAAAAUAAUGGGGGAAGAGCUUUCCAGGUAAUGGGAACAGCAAGUGCCAAGGCCCAGAGGUGACAGCAGGUCUCAGGAGAGAGGGCGGCAGGCAGUGUGGUCCAAGUAGAGUGAAUGACAGGAAGGUGGAGGGGCAGUGAGGUGGGUGAUCUCAUUGAGACUUAGGGGCCACUUUGAACGAGGAGGGCACCCACAGACCUUUUAUCACCUGCAGCUUCCUUUUUUUUUUGAGAUGGAGUCUUACUCUGUCACCCAGGCUAGAAUGUAGUGGUGCAGUCUCAGCUCACUGCCACUUUCACCUCCCAGGUUCAAACAAUUCUCCUGCCUCAGCCUCCUGAAUAGCUGGGAUUACAGGAGUGUGCCAACACACCUGGCUAAUUUUUGUAUUUUUAGUAGAAACAGCGUUUUGCCAUGUUGCCCAAGCUGGUCUCAAACUCCUGACUUCAAGUGAUCUGCCCACCUUGGCCUGCCAAAGUGCUGGGAUUACAGGCGUGAGCCACCGUGCCCAGCCAUGCAGCCUGUUCAGCUUGUUUACGGAGAGUGCUUUGAGGCCAAGAUGAUAAAAUGUUGUAAAAUAAGAAAUAUAAGCCAGGUUCGGUGGCAUGUGCCUAUAAUCCCAACACUUUGAAGGCAGAGGCGGGUGGAUCGCUUGAGCCUAGGAGUUUAAGACCAGCUUGGGCGACAUGUUGAAACUUCAUCUCUACAAAAAAUACAAAAAUUAGCUAAGCGUGUUGGUGGCAUGCCUGUAGUCCUAACUACUUGGGGUGCUGAGGUAGGAGGAUUGCUUGAGUCCAGGAGUACUGCACUCCAGCCUUGGCGAUAGAGUUGAGACCCUGUCCCCAUAAUGGAAAAAUAAAAGAAAUACAUAUAACCAUAACCCAGCCAGUUUUUUUGCCUCUAUAAAAAAGGAAGCAGUGAUGCCCAGCCCUUUUCAUGCCACCCCCCAACUUGGCCUCGGUGACUAUUGUUUCAGCCCCUCUUCUCUGGUAGCAGCCGUUUCUCCUCAUUGGCCCAAAAAGAGGAGAGUAAGUGUGUUGAUCUGCCCUGGGUCCAUCCACCUGCUCUGUCUCUUUGUCUGUGAGGGUGACUGAAUGAAGUGCUGCCUGCCACCUGCCUUUCUGUGCCUCUCGCCGGCUGUUUGCUGCAUUGGAGGGCUGGCUACAAUGUGUGAAAGUGGAUCAAUUGGUAACAAUAAGUCGAGAGAUGGGUCAUCUGACCUGUACAAAACCAGAUAAGCUUCUGCAGUCUUUGCACAGAAAUCUAAAAUCUCAGCUGGAUUGGCAAAGGGAGAGAAUCAGAAACGGGAGCUGUGAGAGGUGCCACAUUUCCCUGACCAUGAGGUCUUCUUCCCCAAUACCCCCCUUCCCCCCAGCGGCAUCCUUUACCUCAGAGGGCCUGGCUGUGUCCUCAGCAAGCUCUGCAGCUACACUGCAGUGCGCGGCACCUCUGCCUGCCACGCUCCACUCUGUUGGAACUGAAUCACCGCUUGGGGGUUGGGAACCUGUGUUGCUUCUUACAGUACCCGGUGCUGCCUCUUCCCUGCAGGCAGAGCUCAGGCUGGGCUCAGCACCCUCUGCACAGGCUGGGAAGGUGAGGAGGGAAUGCAGACCCCACCAUCGGCCCUGGAAGGCUGAAACUUCAUCAUUGUAGGCAUCAUCCUCUGUUGUCCCUCCCCAGUUCUUCUAGGGAGUCAGCAGCCCCACACUACCAGGCCUCCGUUUUUGUGCCCCUCCCCCAGAGUGCCCUCUGCAGUUCUUUGGAACACAGAGUUGCAAGAUCAGUGUUUGUGUUUCCUUUAGUUUGGAAAGUCAUUUUCCAUCCAGAAGCUUGUCUGAUUCUUACAACAACCUUGAAGAACAGGGAGCCAGGUCUUGGCAUCCUCCCUUGGUGGGAUUUGGCUCCAAGUCUGCUGGGUCGCAGCCAGGAGCCUGUUUACUACAUCGGAAGACCCUUCAUGAAAUGUUUUGAACAUCUGUUGAAUACAAUGAAGCUUCUUGCCCCCAAAAUGCCGGUACAGCUGACGACAGCCCUGCGUGUGGUGGGCACUAGCCUGUUUGCCCUGGCAGUGCUGGGUGGCAUCCUGGCAGCCUAUGUGACAGGCUACCAGUUCAUCCACACGGAAAAGCACUACCUGUCCUUCGGCCUGUACGGUGCCAUCCUGGGCCUGCACCUGCUCAUUCAGAGCCUGUUUGCCUUCCUGGAGCACCGGCGCAUGCGGCGGGCUGGCCAGGCCCUGAAGCUGCCCUCCCCACGGCGGGGCUCGGUGGCACUGUGCAUCGCCGCAUACCAGGAGGACCCUGACUACCUGCGCAAGUGCCUGCGCUCGGCCCAGCGCAUCUCCUUCCCUGACCUCAAGGUGGUCAUGGUGGUGGACGGCAACCGCCAGGAGGACGCCUACAUGCUGGACAUCUUCCAUGAGGUGCUGGGUGGCACCGAGAAGGCCGGCUUCUUUGUGUGGCGCAGCAACUACCAUGAGGUGGGCGAGGGUGAGACAGAGGCCAGCCUGCGAGAGGGCAUGGACCGUGUGCAGGAUGUGGUGCGGGCCAGCACCUUCUCGUGCAUCAUGCAGAAGUGGGGAGGCAAGCGCGAGGUCAUGUACACAGCAUUCAAGGCCCUCGGAGAUUCGGUGGACUACAUCCAGGUGUGCGACUCUGACACCGUGCUGGAUCCAGCCUGUACCAUCGAGAUGCUUCGAGUCCUGGAGGAGGAUCCCCAAGUAGGAGGAGUUGGGGGAGAUGUCCAAAUCCUGAACAAGUACGACUCGUGGAUUUCCUUCCUGAGCAGCGUGCGGUACUGGAUGGCCUUCAACGUAGAGCGGGCCUGCCAGUCCUACUUUGGUUGCGUGCAGUGUAUUAGCGGGCCUUUGGGCAUGUACCGCAACAGUCUCCUCCAGCAGUUCCUGGAGGACUGGUACCAUCAGAAGUUCCUAGGCAGCAAGUGCAGCUUCGGGGAUGACCGGCACCUCACCAACCGAGUCCUGAGCCUUGGCUACCGAACUAAGUAUACUGCACGCUCCAAAUGCCUCACAGAGACCCCCACUAAGUACCUCCGGUGGCUCAACCAGCAAACCCGCUGGAGCAAGUCUUACUUCCGUGAGUGGCUCUACAACUCUCUGUGGUUCCAUAAGCAUCACCUCUGGAUGACCUACGAGUCAGUGGUCACGGGUUUCUUCCCCUUCUUCCUCAUUGCCACUGUCAUACAGCUUUUCUACCGUGGCCGCAUCUGGAACAUUCUCCUCUUCCUGCUGACGGUGCAGCUGGUGGGCAUCAUCAAGGCCACCUACGCCUGCUUCCUUCGGGGCAAUGCAGAGAUGAUCUUUAUGUCCCUCUACUCCCUCCUCUAUAUGUCCAGCCUUCUGCCAGCCAAGAUCUUUGCCAUUGCUACCAUCAACAAGUCAGGCUGGGGCACCUCUGGCCGAAAAACCAUCGUGGUGAACUUCAUUGGCCUCAUCCCUGUGUCCAUCUGGGUGGCAGUUCUCCUGGGAGGGCUGGCCUAUACAGCUUAUUGCCAGGACCUGUUCAGUGAGACAGAGCUAGCCUUUCUUGUCUCUGGAGCCAUCCUGUAUGGCUGCUACUGGGUGGCCCUCCUCAUGCUUUAUCUGGCCAUUAUUGCCCGGCGAUGUGGGAAGAAGCCUGAGCAGUAUAGCUUGGCUUUUGCUGAGGUGUGACAUGACCCCCAAGCAGAGCGGGUAAAGUGCAAUGGGUAAGGGAGGGAAGGGGAACAGAAGAAGAAAAGAUGGGGAGGGAGGAGGGAGGAGGGAGUGCCGUGUUUUAGUCUCUUAAUGGUCCAAAGGACAAAUCUAAAAUGCAAAGAAUGGUGACGUAGUGUGGCCUGGAAGCUCUGCUUAGAGGAGGCAGCACUGAUCCCCAGGUGCAGGGCAGGAGUGGCUUCUGUGUUUCCAGGCUGCCUGUCUCCUUGCAUCUGCAUGUGGGCAGUAGCCUCCCCCUGGGCUCCAGAGGGCACUCAGAAGUGUGCUAAGCCAAUUAAGUCCCAUUUAGUGGCAGCUUGUGAUAGGUACCUGAGUGAUGGCAACCUGUGGAAAGAGGUUCUCCCAGCCCAUCUGAACACAACCAGAGGUGGCAGGAGAAUUUCUACUGAGCGAGCUGGGCUGGUUAGUGUAUGUUACCCCCACCCCACCCCUAAGUAGUUAUCAAUGCAAUAAGAUUGCACCUGAGAUACAAGGCCCAGAAGCCUGAUCUCUGGGCAUCAGAAAACAGGGUCCAGGAAUGGUGCUUUAUGUGAGAUACUCCACUCCACAUCAACAUUCCAGGGAUGAGCCAAACCAGCAGGGAGUUAGCACUGAACUGCUUUUAAAGUGUACACUAAAAAGGAAAGUUUGCCAGGAAGAACAAAGAGAUUGUGGUGGUGCUAAAGGAGGCCCUAAGCUAUAUGGAGGCCUUGGGUGUUCCACCUGGAAAUUGCUCAGACAUCUAGAUGGGCUCUUAGCUUGUCGGUGAUCUCUGCUGGGGAGAUAAAAAAAGAUCAAGCCCCAACAUGUUCAGAAAAGAAGUGAAGUCUUGGUAUUUUAACCCGUAUACUCUGAAUUCCUCUCAAAUUCAGCUCUGAUCUGAGGCUAAGACACUCACUUCACUUUCUUCAAAAGCAGUUUUUGAGGUGUAACAGCAGUCACCUCUUCUACUGUCAUCAUCAUGGGUAAGUUUUUCAAGGUAGCAACUGGGGCAGAGCCCAGGCUCUUAUAGAACCCUCCACAGGAGGCAAGCCUGUUCUCGGAACAUAUGGGAACUAUGAGGAGCCUCUGAUCAAAUUGGCUACAAUCUUGUAGUUGCUUGGACAGAUUCCUUGGCAGUCGGGUUAGCGUGUGUGAUGUUCAGGCUACUGUUCUUGACAAUCAUCUCCAAUGGAAAGCUUUUCAGUGUUCCCAAAGUGAACUCUCAAAUCCAAAAUGGUUAUCUUUAAGACCAUCCAUUCUCCUCAGUGGCUUCUCCAGGGAAUUCUUACAGCCAAGUUGUGACAGUCACUGCAUUGCUUGCUUUCCAGAAACCAAAUUAGGAGAUAGAGCUGGUUCCUGCAUCCUAAGGUUCUUGCUUUCUCUGUCUUCUGAGGCUGUUUUCCCUCUGCUGCUUUUGGAGAAUGAGGGGAAGCCAUAUUCCAGUGACUUGCAAUCCAUGCUGUUCUCAGCUUUUGAGUUUAAAACCUGGGAUCCUCAGCCUUUAACUUAGAGGUUGCUUGCUUGCCCUCCAAAUGUCGUUUCUGAGGGGCCAGCUAGCCCGUGCAGAACCAGCACUAAUGUGGACAGCAGCAGACAGGGCAAGCCUCUAGUGUACCGCGGUGCUUCCUACAAAGACGCAAAGUGUGCUCUGAGCCACAGAUGGGCAAACUCUGGUGCUUUCCUUCAUCUCCCAUGAACUCAAGGGUUUUCCAGGUGUAGCCAACAGUUGUCACAUCACACAGACUGAGUUUCUGCUAAGACUGGUGGUUGACAUAGGACCCAACCCAUGAAAGCUGGAAGGCAGCAAGCAUUUGCUAAGGCCGCCCGCUCCAGGCAAUCGUUCUGCUGGCCAAGAAGUAAACUAUUUUGAGCAUUACAAUGGAGGAAAUCCGGUCAACCAAGUGCAGAGUUCAGACUUCACUAAGGGCUUGUUUUUCUUCAGCAUUUACUUGAAGAUUAACGUAGAAUGACAGGCUGUCCCACCAACAGCUCUGCCUUGCACUGUGGUCAUCAACUUUCCUCAAAUCAAAAAUAGGCAGGUACAGGUAGUGGGCUCACAACGUUUGACCUCGACUGGUUUUUCUAAGUUAUUUUGUGUAUUUUUCAGCAGCAAAACCAAACUGGGUCUUCAGCUUUAUUCCCAUUUCUGGCAAGGGAAGAGCCUUUAUACAAUUGGACGCAUUUUGGUUUUUCCUCACUGAGAAUUCUAAUCCUCUUUUGUAUUGUUUUUACAAUAAUUUGUAAACAUAUUUAUUUUUACCUGCCUUUUUUUUUUUUUAACUUUUCAGGUCAAGUUUUUUAUACUGCACUUGUCAAAAUAAAGAUUCUCACAUAUGCUGGUUA